GCGCGCCGCUCCCCGACCCUGGCCUUGGUUCCGCCGGGCCCGGGCAGCUAUGAGGCUCCUUCGGCUGUUGGCGCUGGCGGCGCUGGCGUCGCAGCCCGGGGUGGCUGGUGGAGCCGAGACCGCCGGGAACUCCAGCGUGGGUAUGCUUGAAUUUUCUGUGGGGAAAUUUAAAUACUUCAAGCUCAACAGGUCCUUUCCAGAGGAAGCUAUUUUGCGUGAUAUUUCCAGCAAUGUGACUUUUCUUAUUUUCCAAAUACACUCACAGUAUCAGAAUACAACAAUUUCUUUUUCUAAGACUGUCCUUCCCAGUACCUCGGGAACAGGCAUUGACAAAGGACUGGUUUUCAUUCUUAGACCAGAGCAGAGUAUGUGCUUUUGGUAUUUGGAGACUUUAGAUGCUGAGCCGGUCCAAAAUGUGGCCAUUCCAAUCUCCUACUCAGAAAGAGAUCCGAUUCCUGGAGGCUGUAAUUUGGAGUUUGAUUUAGAUAUUGAUCCCAACAUUUACUUGGAGUAUGAUUUCUUUGAAACAACCAUCAAAUUUGCUCCAGCAAACCUAGGCUAUGCAAGAGGCACAGAUUCUCCACCAUGUGACAUCAGGACGGGACAGGACUCUAGGUGGCGGUUGCAGUAUGAGGUUUAUCAGUAUUUUCUGCCUGAGAAUGACCUCACUGAAGAGGAGUUGCUGAAGCAUCUGCAGAGGAUGGCCGAAGUGCCUCGAGUGACAGCCAGUGCUAUUAAGGUGGUUACCUUAACAGCUAAUGAUAAGACAACUGUUUCUUUCUCCUCCCUCCCGGGACAAGGCGUCAUUUAUAACGUCAUUGUUUGGGACCCAUUUCUCAAUACCUCUGCUGCUUAUGUUCCUGCUCACACAUAUGCUUGCAGCUUUGACACAGUGGAGGGUAAUUGUUCUUCUCUUGGAAGAAUAUCUACCAAAGUGUUUUUUACUCUUUUCGCCUUACUUGGUCUCUUCAUUUGUUUCUUCGGACACAGAUUCUGGAAAACAGAAUUAUUCUUCAUAGGCUUUAUCUUCAUGGGAUUCUUCUUUUAUAUACUGAUUACAAGACUGACACCAGUUAAGUAUGAUGUUCGUCUGAUUCUGACAGCCAUUGCUGGGAGCGUUGGGGGGAUUUUCUUGGUAGCUGCUUGGUGGCGAUUUGGCAUCCUCACCAUCUGCAUUCUGUGUGUUGGACUAGUGCUGGGCUUCCUCAUCUCGUCGGUGACUUUCUUCACUCCGCUGGGAAACCUAACAAUAUUUAAUAAUGAUGGUGUGUUCUGGGUGACCUUCUCUUGUAUAGCUGUUCUCAUUCCAGGAGUUUUCAUGGGCUGCCUAAGAAUACUGAACAUACUGACUUGUGGAUUCAUUGGCUCCUAUUCAGUGGUCUUGGCCGUUGACAGUUACAUGUAUACAAGCCUUUCUUACAUCACUUUGAAUGUACUCAAGAGAGCACUCAACACUCAUUUCCGCAGCGCUUUCACAAAUGUGCCUUUUCAAACUAAUGACUUUAUUAUCCUGGCAGUCUGGGGGAUGCUGGCUGUAAGUGGAAUUACAUUACAGAUUCGAAGAGAAAGAGGGCGACGCCAUUUUCCUCCCCACCCAUACAAGUUAUGGAAACGAGAGAGGGAACGCAGAGUCACCAACAUUCUGGAUCCCAGCUACCACAUCCCUCCAUUGAGAGAGAGGCUCUAUGGCCGAUUAACCCAGAUCAGAGAGCUCUUCCAGAAGGAACAGCCAGCUGGAGAAAGAACACCCCUGCUUCUAUAGAUGUCACGGGCUUGGUCAUUGUGAUCUUGAAGUGCAACCCUCAGCUUUGGUGUUUUUCCCAGCCUGCUUCAGCAAUAGCCAGUCCAAGUCUAAUAGGAAAACAGGCUAAUGCAUGUGUGAGCGGUGUCCUUGCCGAUACAGGGUAGGGGAUGCCAAGAUCAUGAUAAUUCUAAGUGAAAAGAAUGACCAAAAAAUUGGUGGUAGGGAAUCUUCCCCUUAUUGCAAAAAACUUGAGAAAUUAUCUUGUGGUUUACAUGAUCAACUUGUUCCAAUAAAUAGAUACACUAAAAACAAUUAAAAAACAAUGAUUCUCAUGUAAAGCCCUGGUGUUUCUUUUUAUAACUCCUUGAACAGUUCUCUCAUCUUAGUCUGUCCAAACCUGGGGGGCAAGGGCACAAAGGGUGGUUUGAUUUAAGUGUUAGACUGAAUUUUUCGCACUGUUUAGAGAUUUAGGGAUUUGAUACUGGGUCUUUGAACUUCAGAAUACAAAAGAAGGAAAACUAACUUAAAAGCAGUCUGAUUAUUUAGUUGCAUCUUUCAUAGUAGUAUCAUAUAGUAACAAAAGAUACCGUUCUUUUGCUUAUUCUUAUGCUAAAAAACACCAUAUCAUUGUAAGUAUAUAGUUUAGUAGAGAAUCUUUGUUCUUGCUUUU